GCCUGGCCCCGGCCCCGGCCCGGCCCCGGCCCCGGCAACCCUGAGGGGGCGCCGGAGCCGGAGCCCGUGAGCCCGACGAGCCCGACGAGCCCGAGCCGGAGCCCGAGCUUGACGAGGCCGCGGGGGCCAGGGCCCAGAGCGCCAUGACCAUCUUGCCCAAGAAGAAGCCUCCGCCCCCGCCCGGGCCGCCGCCCGCCGGGCCCGACGCCGACUCGGGCCCGGACGGCGAGCCUGGCGGCGGGCCCGGCGGCCCGGGAGGCGUUGGGGCCGGCGGCCCGGGCGGCGGAGAGGGCGGCCCUGGCGCGGGGCCCUCAUCGGGCGGCCGUCCUCGGGCUUCGCCGCCUCCGCUGGCGCGCUGGGCCUCGGGCGCGGGCUCUGCGGCUUCCCGGCCUCAGGCUUCGCCGCCACCUCCGGGCCCCGGGGGGCCAGCCGCCGCCGGGGCCGCCGACGCGCUCGGACUGGGCCUGGGCUUGGGCCUGGGCGCCGUUGGUGGCCCCGGCGGCGGCCCGGGUAGCGGCUGCUGUUCAGGUCCAGGUCACAGCAAGAGGCGGAGGCAGCAGGCGGGCCCCGGCGGCAACCCUGGCGGGCCCCCCGGAGGCGGCGUUGGCGGUGUGGGCCCGGGCGCAGGGGGCAGCCCCGAGCGUGACGAAGGCGGCGCCGGCUACAACAGCGAGGAUGAGUACGACACAGCGGCUGCCCGAGUGGAGGCCAUGGACCCAGCCACUGUAGAGCAGCAGGAACACUGGUUUGAGAAGGCCCUUCGGGACAAGAAAGGAUUCAUUAUUAAACAGAUGAAGGAGGAUGGGGCCUGCUUGUUCCGAGCAGUGGCGGACCAGGUGUACGGAGACCAGGACAUGCAUGAAGUGGUCCGGAAACACUGCAUGGAUUAUCUGAUGAAGAAUGCUGACUACUUUUCCAACUAUGUCACCGAGGACUUCACCACCUACAUCAACCGGAAGAGGAAGAACAACUGUCACGGGAACCACAUCGAGAUGCAGGCCAUGGCUGAGAUGUACAACCGGCCCGUGGAAGUGUACCAGUACAGCACAGAGCCCAUCAACACGUUUCAUGGCAUUCAGCAGAAUGAGGACGAGCCCAUCCGGGUCAGCUACCAUCGCAACAUCCACUACAACUCAGUGGUGAACCCCAACAAGGCCACCAUUGGUGUGGGGCUGGGGCUUCCCUCCUUCAAGCCAGGGUUCGCUGACCAGUCCCUGAUGAAGAAUGCCAUCAAGACCUCUGAGGAGUCAUGGAUUGAGCAGCAGAUGCUGGAGGACAAGAAACGAGCCACAGAUUGGGAGGCCACUAAUGAGGCCAUUGAAGAGCAGGUAGCCCGAGAGUCUUACCUGCAGUGGCUCCGGGACCAGGAGAAGCAAGCCCGUCAGGUCAGGGGCCAAGCACAGCCCCGGAAAGCCAGCGCCACUUGCAGCUCUGCGACAGCUGCAGCCUCUAGUGGUCUGGAGGAGUGGAGUGGCAGGUCCCCCAGGCAGCGGAGCACUGCCCCCUCCCCAGAGCAGCAGGACCUUCACCCAGAACUGGGCCCCAAGCCACCCUCGCCAGGCCAUGCCCUCACUCUCGCCAAACCCCCUUCACCCUGCGCACCAGGUCCAAGCAGUCAGUUAGCAACUGGAGGAGACCGAGCCACCUCCCCUCUGGUGUCCCUGUACCCUGCUCUGGAGUGCCGGGCUCUCAUCCAGCAGAUGUCACCUAGCGCCUUUGGUCUGAACGACUGGGACGAUGAUGAAAUCCUGGCUUCCGUCCUUGCCGUCUCCCAACAGGAAUAUUUGGACAGUAUGAAGAAAAACACAGUGCACAGAGAUCCCCCCCCAGACAAGAGUUGAUAACCAGGGACUGGAGCCCUCCUUCCUUCCCUCCCUCCCUCCCUCCCUCCCUCCCUCCCCACCCUCUCCACCCCUGGCCUGGGUCAGCCUUCACUGCUGCCCCACCCCCCACUUCCCACCCCCCAAUCAUGCCCACCUUCCUCCUCAAGCUCUUGUGUACCCUAAAUUCCAACAUGGAUUCAGCGGCGGAAUGAACAUGGGAAGGUCCCGUAGCACCACCAUUGUCCCCCAUAGCCUUUUGGAUUUAUCUGUCAAAGGAGAGAACCAUGCCCCCCAUUGCUUGCUGCCCCCUUGUUGAGGGGCUCAGUGGGGGUGGGGGAUUCAUAGAAUACCCUCCCCUGCCCACAGUGCUUGGGUGUCUUUACCCCUUUUCCCUUUAUUAAAAUGUAAUUUUAUCUUCUAAGAAA